CCAAGCCACUCUGCCGGACGCCAUUACCACGCCACCGGACUACGAAUCUGUCAGUAGUGCGUCUUUUCUAUAAUAAUUUUGAAAUUGCUUUGAAUUCGGUGCUUCCGUGGUAAUAAUUCAGAAAAGUGCAUAAAACUCAAAAUGUCUGACGAGAAAAAGGGAGAAAGCGAACACAUCAACUUGAAGGUGUUAGGACAAGAUAAUGCUAUUGUGCAGUUUAAAAUAAAAAAACAUACACCUCUGAGGAAAUUGAUGAAUGCCUAUUGCGAUAGAGCGGGUCUAUCAAUGCAAGUAGUUCGGUUCAGAUUCGACGGGCAGCCAAUCAACGAGAAUGACACACCAACAUCACUGGAGAUGGAGGAAGGAGACACAAUAGAGGUUUACCAGCAGCAGACAGGUGGAGUGCAUCUAGUGUAAAUUUUGAGUGGAGCAGCAGACAAGUGGACUACAUCUUAAGAAACUAUCCAAUUCUGUGGCAAUGUAACAGUUACUU